ACGCAAACGACAGCAUGAAGCUCUUCGCUCGUCUCAAUGUGGUUGUGCUGUUCGCGAUCUCGGCUCUGCUAUUUGUGACAUGGAACUUGCGCUCAUACCAUCCGAUCACGCGAGCAAAGAAGGUCUGGAGUCGCCAGACGACCGAAGUCAUCGUGUUUGGAGACUCGUGGAGCACCAAUCGCCUCGAACUGCCUAUCGAACGAACACCGUCGCCAGCCAACAAGAAGCUGUGGGUGGACACCCUUUGCUCAGAGACANNGGUUGUUUGCGACCGCAUCUACGACCUUGGCCAAUCGUUACCCUCCUCUCCGUCCCACCGCCGAGGCCCUGUCGUCGAUAACGCCAUUUGCGCCAAUCUUAGCAAGUCCAUGAACCUCACUGCUGACUUUAAAAACAUUGGAGACUUUGGGCACCAAGUUGAUGAAUACCUCGCCCAAGACGAUGCCCGACGGCAAGAUGACGGAGAACAAAGGGGCAUAGAGACCACCAUCAUUUUUACAGUCUUCUUCGGCAUCUGGGAGGUAUGGGACUUCGUAGGCCUACCAGAAGAGGCUGUAUUACCCGCUGUGGUGGACUGCAUCGCUUCAAUGUUUGCCCAGCUAGACCGCCUCGUCCAAGCAAAGUCGGUGUUGUCGCAUCGUCCAACCAUCAUCAUACCCACGAUACCGGAUCCCAGUUUCUUCCCUCGCUGGAUCAACCAGCGUUCAUCUGCAAACGGCACAGACAAAUACGGCCAGCUCCAACGGCACGCUGUCAUCCUGACCGAUCUCUGGAACAAUCUUCUGCAAAAAAAGGUCGCCAUGUGGGACAGAGCUCACGUUGUCGUGCCCGACUUCUAUGCGUGGAUGCUCGAGCAAAUGCGUGAACCCGAGAUCGACGAGACUGGCCUAGGAGUAGUGUCGAAGAUCAGGGCAGCUGCCAAAUUUACGGAGGUGACCAAGCCCUGUGUUAGUUACACCGCUCUAUCCAGUGGAGAUGGAAUCGAAACCCGGCCAUUUACGAUAUGCGAUGAUCCAUCGCACUUNCUUUUCUGGUAUGUCCAAGCU